AUGGUAGUCGAUACGACGUAUUACGACCUAUUGGGCGUUUUGCCAGAUGCCAAAGAUAUAGAUAUCAAAAAAGCGUACCGAAAGAAGUCGAUACAGGAGCAUCCUGACAAGAAUCCCAAUGAUCCGUCAGCUACGGAAAGAUUCCAGGCGAUUUCGCAAGCGUACCAAGUUUUGAGUAGCCAAGAGCUGCGUGCGAAGUACGAUAAGUUUGGCAAAGAGGAAGCGGUACCCAAAGAAGGGUUUGAAGACGCUGCGGAGCAAUUUUCGAUGAUUUUUGGUGGUGAUGCGUUCGCAUCAUAUAUCGGGGAGCUGACAUUGCUGAAAAAUCUGCAAAAGACGGAGGAAUUGAGUGCGGAGGACGAGCUCGAGAAGAAGGAGGAAAAGGAAAAAGCCGGAGACACUGCUGCGCAAGAGGUUGGUGAAAAGUCUGCCAGCGACGGUGCAGCGAGUCCGGAAGUGGCAGCUUCGAAAGUGUUGUUGACAGACGGAGCUGCUGCCGAGGCGGCUGCUACGACGCAGAAGAAGUCUGAAGACGAGAAAUCCAAGAAAAAGACGAAGCUUGAAGCGUUUGAAGAAGAACAGCGCUUAGAGAAGGAGAAAACCAUCGAAGAACUUGCCAAAACACUUAUAGGGCGACUGUCCAUUCUCACCGAAAGCGCUUACGACCAACCGUGCAAGGACUCCUUCGAGAAAAAAUUUGAAGAAGAGGCCAACAUGCUUAAAAUGGAGUCGUUUGGGCUUGACAUUCUGCAUACAAUUGGUGAGGUGUACUGCGAAAAGGCACAAAUCUUUCUGAAGUCUCAAUUGGUGUGGGGGUUUGGCGGUGUGUUCCAUUCUUUGAAGGCCAAAGGCGGAGUUGUAAUGGACACGUUGAAGACGGUAUCUGCCGCCCUGGACGCCCAAAACACAAUGCAGGAGCUGGAAAAGCUGAAAACAGCAGCAGAAUCCAAAGACGUGUUACGAGACGAAAAAGGUCACGAAAUACCCAAACCUUCUGCAGAAGAAGUGGCUCAGUUCGAACAAUUGCUGAUGGGUAAAGUCUUGUCAGCCGCUUGGCACGGAUCCAAAUUCGAGAUCAUGUCUACGCUUCGCGGUGUCUGCGACAAAGUAUUAACUGACGACACUAUCGACAGACAUUCGAAAGUAAGAAGAGCACAGACGCUAAACUUGCUUGGGAAGGUGUUCCGACGGGCGUACCGCACCAAAGUGGAGCAAGAAGAGGCCCAAGUCUUUGAGGAACUUGUGGCAGAUGCAACGAAAAAGAGGAGCAAGCACAAAUAA